AUGGGCUUGCAGCUGCAGACAAUUCUGAAUGCCGAGGACUCGCCGUCGCGCAAUGGAGCGCCCGACACACCUUCGUCGGCACGGUAUCCGUCCGGCGUGUCCUCGAUACAACACCAGCCGCCAAAUGCUCUACCCUCGCUCAACCAGGGCUUUGACAAUCGUCUUAGCUUUGAGGCAAGCUCACAGCAGUCUGUGUACGAUUCCCGCCGUAGUAGUGUUGAUAGCCGCAUGAAUGGUGGCAUGGCCCAUCUUGCCAUCAGCCCAGGAUCGCCCUACGAUAGCCAGAAUGCUUCUCGUGUAUCCCUCGUCUCGAAUCUACAACAACAGCGAGGUAUCACUGCGGUCGACCAACGUCCGAAUGGCGCCUCACCAUUAUCGCCCCUUGGCCCCAGAGCUGGGGUUCGCACGAACCACCCUCCACGCAGAGCACCCGUCAUCAAUCCCAAUCCGCGCAGUGUGUCGGGCAUGCCUGAUCCCAUGGCUGCUGCGCCAACGAAAGGUUACGCUUGGGCUUUCCCCGCCGAGCCUGAACUGGACAGGAGGGGUUCCAGCAGUGGUGACUCUAGCGUUGGGCACUCCGUCCCGUCACGUCAGAACAGUUUUGCUGCGUCCAUCAACAGCAGUAUCUUCACAACGGACUCGAACCUCCCGACCGGACAGAAGAGACUGGACGAUGGUAAGGAAAUGGACGUCUUCCUUUUUCAUCAUCCACUGACUCUGGCAGAUAUCCCCACUACCCACCAUCACUCGAUGCAACAUCGUAAUGUCACAAGUCUGCAGACCGCGGAACAGGCGGCCGCUGCCGGAGGUGGUAACUACAGUCGUACCCCCGAGCUCCGCGUCAGCCACAAAAUGGCCGAACGAAAGCGAAGGAGUGAGAUGAAGAACUUGUUUGAUGAACUCAACGCUAUUUUGCCCAAUUCACCUGGGAGCAAGUCCAGCAAGUGGGAAAUCUUGACGAAAUCCAUUGAAUACAUCAAGAACCUGGCCCGCGCUCAUGAGAAUACCCGGAAUGAGAACGCUCGGCUACGACCUGAAGCUGAGCAUGCUUAUCGGUACCGAGAAGAGAACGAGCUGCUACGAAACGAGAUAAUUGCUGUGUGGCAGAAUCUUCAGCGAGCCGAUCCGGGCAAGCCGCACGUAUAUGGAAAUGUGACAGGCCAGCUGGCCCAGCAGUACGGCAAUGCACCACCGUCGACCACGAAUACCUUGCCGCCGCUUCAACAGCAACAGAACCAUCCGCAAGCACCACAAUGGGCAGCCCCUCCUCCUACGGCGAUGCAAGGAGUCGAAUUCGCUGGUCCCCGCACCUACGACCACCCUCACCGCUAG